AUGGAAUACUUGCUCGCUAAGAUCAAGACUCUGACGGUCUCAACGAAGAAGUGUUUGGCAGCGGCACGGAACGCUGGCCCUGAGCAGAUUGUGCCUCACAACUUCGACGCUUUCAACAACUACCUCGAGUGGUUCCAUGAGAACACGCGUAUCGAGUUAGUUAAGCACGCGUAUCCUGAGGAGAUCUUGGACGACCCCAUCCAGUUCGAUGAGGUUGGGCAAAGCCAGCACGACAGCUUUGCUCGCAGAGGGAGAUCGACUUCUAUUGCUUCCGAGCUGAACUUCGUGCGGAAGGAGAUCGAAAAAACAGCUGAGGAGUGCGAGGUUAUGUGGGAGCAGAGCGGGAGAGAUGACAAGCCUGUCCGACCGUUGCGGUAUUUCAUUAAGAACACUGCACGAAAGAUGCGGCGGUUAGCCAGCUUGCUAGGUUGCCGGGAAGCCGAAAUCGCUACAUCUUCCUCUUCAGAAGAGCGGGAGAUUCCUGAGGACGAGCUAAUUCUGAGUCAAGGCAUACUUCCAAAGCGUACCUCCAAGCAAGCCGCACGGUCAGCUUACCAGUUGAAGCCAAGGGGCAAGGGUCCAAACCGGUACACUCCGGAAGAUUAUGUCAGCCGAGGAAAGAAGGUUGUCACCGAGGAGGAUGAGGGGCCACGGCGGAGAUCAGAUAUAGAUCAGAGCGAGACUACCCUAGCUGUCAUUUUUGUAUCGCCAUAG